UGCUUCUGCAAACAAAAUAAUGUUGAAAUGUUGGGUUUUAUAACACAAGUCAGGUUUUUAGCUCGUUAGAAGUCAACCGGAUAAAGACGACCGGUUUAACUCGGUUUGGGAUUUAGAAAGACUCUAUAUCGCUCAGAGAGUCUAACAAAAACGCUUUCAAAUUUCGAGAUAUUUUCUUAGGUAUAAUUCCAAAUGUUACGACGUCGUUUUAAAUUUUUUUUUUUUUUUUUUUGUUGCGUUUAGUCAGUCCUUUGGAAAUUCCUUGCUUCGUAGUUGAAGCAUUCACGAGACACACACAGAGCUAUUGAAUCCCUAAGCUCAAAGUCUCUCUCAUUCUCUAAUCUCUUCUUCGCCGACGACUUCUCUCACCAAGGCGACGUUUUGAUCAGGCGAUGAGUAUCCCAAUGGAGUUGAUGUCCAUCAGAAACCCUAAUUCGACCUUGCUAUAUAGAGCUCAUUCUCGUCCGCCGGUGACGCCACCGCGUCCUCUCCUCCCUAGCCGACGCCAUUUCAAUGCUCCUCGAGCUGUUAUUUCGUGUACAGGGCUACGUUUCGGCUUUAGCUCGCCUUUUUGUCCAGAAGUCUUGCUUAAUCGAUCCGUCGUUGCUUUCGCUGCAUCCCACGAGGAUUUGGAAGAAUCAGGUGUUGAGGUGGGGAAGGAGAAGAGUGAUAUAGAUGUUGAAGAUGAUACAUCUAAGGAAGCAUGGAAACAAACUCUUGAGUCUUUUAAAGAGCAGGUAUCAAAGAUGCAGAGCGUGUCAUCGGAGGCAUACUCCGUUAAUUCCCAGAAGGCGAUGACGGUCUUGAAAGAAACUUCUGAACAACUUAGGAUUCAAGCGGAAAAGGCGAAAGAAGUGUUGGGUACUAAAGCAAAAGUGGUUGGCGAGGAGGGUAGAGAAUAUAUUUUGAAAGCAGCAGAAGAAUCACCUUCAGAUGUGAAAGAGAUUGUUGAAGCAUUCGCUUCCACUGAGGAUCUGAAAGAUGUGUCCCGAGCGAAUGAUUUUCAUGUUGGAAUACCCUAUGGUCUACUCUUACUUGUCGGUGGUUUUAUUAACUUUAUGGUAUCGGGAAGCAUUCCAGCCAUCAGGUUUGGAGUCAUUCUUGGUGGAGCUCUUUUUGCACUGAGCCUGGCAAGUCUAAAGUCUCAUAGGAAAGGAGAGUCAUCUACUAAGUUCUUGAAAGGACAGAUGGCUAUAGUGGCAAUCAUAUUUUUGAGAGAGUUGCGGUUGCUACUGUCUCAGAAAUCGACGUUCCUAGGGUUUUUUACCACCCUUACGAGUGGUGGUGUGUUGGCGUUUUACUUGUACAAGAUGGUAGGUAAGAGAGGAAAGGGACCAAACUUAGAAGAUGGAGGAGAAGAUGAAUCAGGCGAUGGGGUUGUAACAAGUGAAGGAUAGAGAAAAAUGGUAAGAGAAAGAUGUGUUGUCGUCAACAUCAGCAGCAUCAUAUAUCCAAACUCUUUUGAUGUCUCUUUUAGUUGUGUACAAUUUUUGAGAUCAAUCAUCUUCUAAUUUCCGUUGUAUUUGGAUUAGUGAUUAGUGAGUCAUUUUACGAUAAUAUCAACAAAAAGUAAAAGCGAGAAUUUUA